AUGGUGGAUUGUCAGUCUGCUCUAGCCAAGCUACGACAAUCUGGAACUGUGACUGAGUUUAAGUCCCAGUUCAAUAAACUUUCAAGAAGAGCCAUUGGAUUUUCAGAGGGUGCUUUGCUAUCAUGUUUUAUUGGAGGCCUCAAAGAAGAUAUCAGGGUGGAUGUGCGUGCUAUGAAUCCUACUUCAUUAUACCAAGCUUAUGAAUUAGCAACAAUUUUUGAGGAGAAAUACUUAGUACCCAAACGCUCUCGACCACAACAGUACUAUACCAGACCCAACUUCUCAGAGAUUGGUCCUCAACAUAGAGGAAACACCCUUGGUGGUAGACACCAAACCCCAAUUCAUGUUAAACCUAAAGGGACAUCAACUGACAAUAAUAACAAAUGGUCACAAGUGGAUUAUCAUAAUAGAAGAGCCAGGGGACUUUGUUUCUUUUGUGAUGAACCAUACUCGGGUGGACAUGUUUGCAAAAAACCUCACAAUCAAGGCAGAGCACUACUCAUUGAAGGGGUAACUACAUCGGAAGUCAAGCCUGAAGAGCAAGCAUUCGAAGAUUUAAUUGAUAUGAGUGAACCUGAGGGUGAAAUUGAAGAACCUCAUAUUGAUGUACAGGUAAUUGGUGGAGUUGAAAAUCCAAUGACUAUGCAAUUGAAGGGUUUGUUCAACAGAAAAGAGGUGCAUGUGUUAAUUGAUGGUGGAGCUACUCACUCUUUCAUUCAUCCUUGUGUGCUUAAAAAUCUGAAUUUGCAAGUGGAUAGUUCUAAAAAUUUGAAGGUAAUUGCGGCUUUUGGCAUGCACUCCACCACUUCAGGCACAGUUCAAAUGCGCUUGGAAUUACAAGGCUCUACAAUAGAUACUGAGGCUUUUGUCUUACCAGUUAAUGGGUGUGAGACCUUAUUAGGAGCAUCAUGGCUUAAGACAUUGGGUGAUAUAGUAUGGAACUUUGACAAACUGACUAUGAGGUUCUCUGUGGAUGGGAAAGACCAUUUUUCGCAAGGGUUGACGUCAGGGGAUACAACUAUGGUUAACUGGAGUACCAUGUCCAAAAUUCUUAAGCAGGAAAAGCAGGCAAUGUUUAUUCAACUGUUAGCAGUGGCUGGUCAAGAAAGUAACCAAACAGCCUUACAUCCUCAGAUUGCCACUUUGAUUAGUAAGUUCUCAUACUUGUUUGACAAACCAACUUCCUUACCCCCACACAGAUUGCAUGACCAUAGAAUUGAGCUCUUACCUGGUUCUACACCUGUAAGUGUCCGACCGUACCGCUACCCUCAAUUCCAAAAGAAUGAAGUGGAGAAAAUUUGUAAUGAGUUGUUAAUGGGAGGGGAGAUUCAACCAAGCACCAGCCCUUUUUCAUCACCAGUUCUACUUGUGAAGAAGAAGGAUGGCACUAAUAGGAUGUGCAUCAACUACCGGUCCUUAAAUGCAAUUACUGUAAAAGAUAAAUUUCCAAUUCCGGUUGUAGAUGAGCUCUUAGAUGAGUUGCAUGGUUCUACUAUCUUUUUGAAAUUAGACCUCCGAUCGGGCUAUCAUCAAAUCAGGAUGCACCCUAGAGAUGUGCCAAAAACUGCUUUUCGGACGCAUCAUGGUCACUACGAAUUUUUGGUGAUGCCCUUUGGCCUCACUAAUGCCCUUUCCACAUUUCAAUCUCUAAUGAAUGAGGUGUUUAAGGAGUACUUGAGAAAAUUUGUUCUUGUCUUUUUUGAUGACAUUUUAAUUUAUAGCAGGUCAUGGGAGGAACACUUGGAACAUUUGAACCUAGUUUUUUCCAAGUUGCAGGAACAUGAAUUGAAGGUUAAGAUGAGCAAAUGUGUUUUUGGGACUUCGCAGGUGGAGUAUUUGGGGCACGUAAUUUCUGAAAAAGGGUGUGGCUGUUGA